GAGCAUCUCUCAAUUCACUUGAACGUGAUUCUUAGCGCGCACACAGUUGCAUCCUUAUUUCCAUCCUUCGUUUGAUUCGCAAGAUAUAUCGUUCUAACUGGUUGAGUUUCUCCCUCUGUUGCUCCUCUUAUCUUUCUCUUUGUAUCAUGUAUCUCGCUGUCUUCAAGGAGUUCGCCCACCCCGAGGUGCUCGAGAAGGUGAAGGCGGAGGGCAUCUGCGAGGUGGACGUGGCGCCCGAGCCGAACAAGCGGGCAACGAGCGAGGAGGACCAGCUGGUGGUGCGCACCAAUGCGAAGCUGAUCACGGUGCAGCACCGCAUCAGCGCCAUGCGCGACGUCUUCGACAAUAUGACCGAGACGGAGCUGAGCAGCAUUGAAGAGGAGGUAGACAAAAAGGUGGCGCAGUUAGUGGCUUUGGGCUUCACGGUGGUGGAGCGGCACCCCAAGACGUCGGCCGGCCACCCCAUGCUGGACCGCGUCAUCUUGUCGUACCCUGCCGAGUAA